AUGCCAUGGUUUGAUUUAUGUAUAGCCGUCAAGAACAGAAAACUAAAGCUAACAGACAAACUACUUGUUACAAUGUUGUUCAAAAGUCUAUUUGUGCUGGCUAUUCUUGCUCUCAGUUGCUCUACAACAGUCUUGCGAGGUAUGAGUGCAUCAUUAUAGCAGUGAUCAAUUCCUCUGAAUAUACUUUAAUAAAUCAGAAUAGGAAUUGUCGUAAGCUAUAUCGAUAUUUGGUUUCCUGCAUGACUAACACAUUCUCAUUUCAUAUAGUUGAUGAUGAUAAUACCUUUCGGAUCAAAUCAGGGCAAUAUGGCUACGUGCAUCAUUAUGGGUUUUUUGACAACCUCGACCUCCUUAAUUUCUCACUUACCCAACAGCCAGCUCACUUUCGUUUCACAAGUAAAAAUGUCCUACAAGAGAUCGCAACUAACAAAUGUGUCAAUACACUGACACCUACCGACCGACGGCUCAUACUUACUGCCAACUGCAAUGAAGGUGACGUAUGGGCUUAUAACUCUACUGCGCAACUUUUACAGGAUUUAACAGCGUCUGCGUUACCACCCUAUGAAUGUUUUAGCCCAUGGGCCAAUCGCCUGCCACCAUACGAUAUUCAUAUUCUGACUGGUUUGUCGCCAUGUGAUGGCUGGAACCGUAUCAUCUUGGAAGCAGGUGGGUAUACUUUUCCUGACUUUUCUUUGAAUAAAUCAGUUUAUCACCAACACAUUUAAUCUAUACGGUAUAUGGCCAAAUCAUAAAAAGUGUUUGUAUAUGUAGUCCAUUAGUCUCGCUACGUGACUUUCCAGCCGAAUGAUGUCCCAAGGAUUAGGAUUAAGGUUGGAUUAAGUGGGUUAGUAUUAGGAUGGGGACUGAGUAUAAGAUUACUCAGAUUAGGAUUGUAUUCAUAGUAAAGUACACAUGGCACGAAAUUAUCCCCUCCUCCGACAAUUUUUAUUACUUCAAAGUACCUUGAAAAAAUGAAGAAUGGCCUUAACAGUUUAGCACAGCUCAUCUCGUUUCCAAGUUAUUAUUGGCAUUUUGUCUUAUGCAUGGCGUCACUGAUUGUGGUUAAUUGUGCUUAAUUUAAAAUCGCGGCGAAAAGAAGAAAGUAGUUAGUAUUAAGCGCACCUAUAGCCUGGUUUCCAUAUUUGGUCGUAAAAAUAGAGUCACGAUCAAUAAACUAUUAUAAACGGCCAGUUUGUAAUAGCCAUGUAUACCUGUAAACCACAUAUAAAUUAUAAAUAGUUUAAAAUCACUCCGCAUAUUUUCAAUUUUACAAUGUUGUAUUUUGGCUGAUGAGAAAGAUCGUGACUCAAUCCGUUACGACCUUAUGGAAAUCAGGCUAAAGCAAAUAUUUUGGAACGUUUAUGUGGUAGCCAACAAACUAGUUUCUGUUAGUAGUUCUUUCAGUGUACUAGGUUUCGUGCACCAGCCGAAUUUUAUGUUCAGGACCGUACGCACUGCCGGAUAUUUUCACCAUGCAGGACAGGCAGUAAGAGCUAUAUAUGCCGAAGAAAGUCCCAAACACCCAAAGAAUAAUGAAAUUAAUAAGUCAUUUCUAAAAAUCGUAAAUAUAGUUUUCUCUAGGGGAGCAGUUGCCCCCCUGACCCCCCCCGCUGUGUACGGCCCUGUUUGUGUUCCAUGCAUAUUUCGUGCCAUGCACAAUUUUUGUCAUAUCACUCUAAGUUGAGGUUGCUAAUAUGGAAAUUGACCCUCAUAACGUACACUCUAUAUAAAUAUCAAUUUUUUCUUAUUUAGACCCUAGCCCGCAAGCCAAAGAAGAAGUAUACAACUAA